AAUGGAGCGACACAGUCAGAAUGGCAACCUUGGACAUUCGAGCCAUCUGUCCACAGAACAGGUACAGCAGUGACAGCGCUAGUUGAAGGGUUCCUUUCCUGCCGAAGUCCUCGGCCAGUCUGCACCAUCCGCUAAACACUGUGCCCUAUGAUUUGAGACCAGCAAGAGACCUGGAACUCUGAAAUGAAGAUGGAGGCGGCAGACAAAGUAGAAGAACUCAUUGGCCCAGAGGCCCCACCGAAACUCUUGGAGAAACAAGAGGCGGCUCUGGGCGAAGAGGGACCUCUAGGACUAGAAAUGCCCGCUCAGAAAGAGAGCGGCGCUGUUACGGAGGAUUCCACCGCGCUGGCCUCCAUGCCCUGCUUGCUGAUGGAGCUGAGGCGGGAUUCAUCAGAAUCUCAGCUGGCUUCCACCGAGAGCGACAAGCCAACGGCCGGCCGCGUCUACGAGAGCGACUCUUCCAACCACUGCAUGCUGUCUCCUUCUUCCAGCGGGCACCUGGCCGACUCCGACACCCUGUCUUCCGCGGAAGAGAACGAGCCCAGCCAAGCCGAAGCCACUGUCGAGGGGGAGGCCGCGGCGGUAUCGGGGUCCGCCGUCGGGAGGAAGUCCAGGCGGUCCAGGUCAGAAAGCGAGACCUCCACCAUGGCCGCCAAGAAGAACCGGCAGUCGAGCGACAAGCAGAACGGCCGCGUCGCGAAGGUCAAAGGUCACCGGAGCCAAAAGCACAAAGAGCGGAUCCGGCUGUUGAGGCAGAAGCGGGAGGCGGCCGCCCGCAAGAAGUACAACCUGCUGCAGGACAGCAGUACCAGCGACAGCGACCUGACCUGCGACUCGAGCACCAGUUCGUCAGACGACGACGAAGAAGUUUCAGGGAGCAGCAAGACAAUCACUGCAGAGAUACCAGGUGGACCGCCGGUCGUGGCUCAUUACGAUAUCUCGGACACGAACUCUGACCCCGAAGUGGUGAACGUGGACAAUCUUUUGGCCGCCGCGGUCGUUCAAGAGCACAACAGCUCGGUCAUCAGCAGGGAGACCGGGCCGACUUGGAGGACGAGAGGGCUCCUAGAGGAACUGAAUACCGAGGCAGGUGGGUGGAAACAAGGAAUACUGGCAGGGGACAGAACCGCUAGCAGCACCACCCAGGGCAACGAAGAAAUCAAUAUUGCCUCUUCGGAUAGUGAAGUGGAGAUUGUCGGAGUUCAGGAACACGCAAGGUGUGUCCAUCCUCGGGGAGGAGUGAUUCAAAGUGUGUCUUCCCGCAAACACGGCUCAGGUCUGCAGUGCACUCGGCAAGCGGAACCAUGGACAGGUGUGCCCCCUCCGCAGAACUGGUCUUCGCCGCCGGAAGUGGUGGAUCUCACGUUAGACGAAGACAGCAGGCGCAAAUAUCUACUGUAAUGCAACCUCACUGUGUUUUUAGUCUCUUAGCCCCACCCCCUUUCGUGGCGCAGAAGUUCACGCCUCUGCUCUUGGCAUUCUGGAGUUCAGGCUCUUGCUGGAAAGCUCCCCCCUUCUCCCUGGACCCUGUUAAAACGACGGUCUUGUUUCAGAACUUUUUUUUAAAAAAAAAUAAUAACUGACUCCUUCCCGUAGUCAAGGGGAGCUCUUCCCCCUUAUGAAAAACCUUAACGGCACUAAACUUCCGGUGACAACUUCCAAGUUUUCCAUUGCGGUGUGAUUUUAAUUUUAGAGUCUUUGUUGACGGGAGCCGCGGACAUCUGCUCCCGCCGCUCUGCACCUUUUCGAGCCGAGUGAUUUUCUUCUUUUACGCUUGCCACUGAAACAGAAUUCCCUGGUGCACGCUUAAUCCCUUUCUCCUUGGUUAGAUUAGCAUUAAAAACACCACCAGCCCGAUCUGUUCACGGCUCUCUCAGUGUCCCCGCAGCGAUCGUGGGAUAACCGUGGAUGCUCUGAACCGUGGAGUGUGACCAGAGGUGGUUGUAGCACAAAUUGAUUUGGUUGCGAAGCCCGUGGGUCUCUUAGCGCAAAUGGCCUGUAAUGCGCACCGUGUCGCUUUGUUUAAAAUUCAGAAGAUUGUUCUCGACAUCAUUUGUAGCUUCGCGUGCAUGGGCUAAGCGCUGAGUCUUCUAAUCAUGUUUUUCCUGCUCUCCGGACUACUGUACUGUUACUAGUCAUCUGGCUUAGCUCGUUACAGCCUUUUUUUUUUCCCUUCAUACAAAGAGGGAAAAAGCACAAGGAAACAAAGGCACCAAUACUUAAUUCUGAUCAUACGUUUUCUUUCUCACAUUAAAGCUUUAAAGGUAAGGGUUGCGCUCGAACCCCGUAGCUCCGUGUUUGAAGAUCCAUAGUCAUAGAACGACAGAAAACUAGAACGCGUCUCUCUGGCUUGGGCCGCGUCUGUCAUUCACGCUGUCCAGCUCCUCUUCUGUCCUUCUGGAGAGAAGAAUUAAGCCGAGGAGAAAGCUCGGGGCACGGGCUUGUUACUUUCGGUUCAAGAGGAGCGUUGGUGCUUUCUCUGGGAUGCCGUUGGAGAAGGGCCAGUGUGGUUCCUACUCAGGGUCGCUGUACUUUCUCUGUGGUAGAUGGAGCAGGGGGAGACCUCUGGGAUACCUUCCGACGGCUCCACCGGAGGUCACUAGAAUUGAUUUUCCGAAUUUUCGUUUUCAUUCCCGAAUUUUUCAUUUUCGUACGAGAAAUUUGCGUGGACGCAAGUAGGGCUCCUCCAGACUCAUGUCACUGCUGUGCCCUCUGUUGAGCAAUGAAUUCUGAAGCAGCCACCUCGACCGUAUCUACGCAGAGGGGAUCCUAGCACAUAGAGGCAAAACAACAAGCACCCUUCAAUGUCAUCUUUGCCUAUAUUCAGAGACGUGGUGUGACACAAAUAGCAUGGUAUAGUGGUUAGAUUGUCAGGUCUAGGACUUGGGAGGCCGAGGUUGGAAUCCCCACUCUUAUGUGGAAGCUCGCUGGGCGUCCUCGGGCCAGUCACACACUCUCUCUCACCCUAACCUACCUUUCAGGGCAGGUUAAAACGUGGGGAUAAAAUAGAGGACAACAUCGUAAGCCGCUUUGAGUCCCUGUAGGGUAGACAGGAGGCUGUCAGUGAAGUGAAUUCAAUAAAUAAAUAUAUACCUUUAAAACUUAACGCGAGAAACAAGCCCCCCCCCCUCCCCGUUUUGCCGAAAGACCUUUAAACCUGCAGGUCUUUAACAUUUUCCCAAUCUUUAGUUUUGACCUCGUGACGAAGCAGAGCUGCAUCUCACCUGCCUCUUAGCUUGAGGACCCUUCCCCAAGCCAGAUUCAACAGACGCCUUCUGCAAGACCUUGGCGUUUGCUGUCAGACGAGAUUCUGGCUUUCCUUUCUCCCUGCUUUCUGUUUCUCUGCAGAGGCUAAUAAGAGGGGGGGCUCCAUCAGCCAUCGCCGCCCUGCCGAACGGGCUCCACUUCCACCGAGCUGUCUGCUGAGCCUCAGCCAUAGGGUCCAUCGUGCCUCGUUCCACUCGAUUCCCGCUAAAUGGUGACCUCGAGUGUUGACAUGCGUGAGGUUAAUUCUGGGUGCACACACGUGGUCUCCUUCAGCAGAUGAAACCCCUUCUCCUUCUAGGCGGGCUACUUGGCCAGGUUUUUCGUGAUGUGGCCGGGAUCCCAACCCACCCGUGCGGAGUCUUCCUGCGGUUCCUCUGCCUUCCCGCAACCUCUUGGGACCCCCCAGAACGAUUGGUCCCGGGGUCAUGGGAUGGGAUCUAUGGUGAGGACCAUAGUCUGGUCACACUCCGAGGAGAGACAGGAGAAUGACAUCGAGAUCCAAGUCCAAUAGCACCUUAGAGACCCACAAGAUCCUUCAGGGUAUAAGCUUUCGGGAAUCAAAGCUCCCUUCUCGGAUACGAGCCACGGGCGCCUUUCUUCGGCAAAGCUGUGCUUUCAGAAGAGGGCGUGAGAGCCAUUUCCCCCUCCCGUCCUUACUCCAUGGCCCCCUCCUCAACCUGCCUAGUUCUUCCCGUGCUUAAAUCCCAUCACCCUGGGAAUGAUCUUUUCUGGGUUCGGAAGGGGCUGCAGGAACAGAGAGGAACGUGGGAAGACUGCAUUCCACGCUCAGGAAGCUUAGACCCAUGCCGUAAUUAGUCUGACAGAUCCUCGGAAAGUGGCCUUUAGUCAAACAUAGACGAUAGCCAUCAGUGGGUCACACAGUAACGUUCACGUGGGCUCAUGAACGGGUUCAGAGAAGCGUCCCAUGGAUCUGAUCUCUGCAAAGGCUGGUAGAAUUGCAGGCUGGGAAGAAGCUGGCACGCAUGCUUAGCCUGAUGAAAGAAGAGACGGAUCCCCCGUAGCAGGAGUGAAGUUGCGUCCGUACAGGUUCAAGGAAGGACACAAGAUAGAUCAUGCCCCCCCC